GUGUAAUUUACACUGGUAGACACUACACCAACAGCGAAAGAAAGAACCUUAUCUGUCAUGUCAUGAACGUCAGACGAAUUGCCGGUCUUGACUUGCCAUAAGAUUUGUUUAUUUAAUUAUUGUAAGUACAAAACAAACUAAAUAAGUAUUAAUACAAAAGUAUGUGAAUAUAAAAUAAGUACCUAACUAAGAAGUGCAAGGAGGAUUUAAAAUAGUUUGUCUUCACGUAAGAGUGGAAAGUAAAAUGAGUAGUCAAAUUCAAAAAGUUUUAAGACAAGCUUUAAUAACGUUUACAUCCAAACCUGAUGUUUUUUCGACUAAUUUGCAGAUUCUUUCCAAUAUUUUAGACAAAUUGACUGCGGAAGAUGUUAAAUUAGAUAUGGUAAAAUUUGCAACUAGAGAGGGUGUAAGUGAACCGACUCCUGCUCCAGUAACUUACAUUCAUAUAUAUGAGGAUUCUACAGUAACAAUGGGAAUUUUCAUCUUAAGACAGAAUAAAAAAUUGCCCUUACAUAAUCAUCCAAAAAUGCACGGUCUAAUUAAAGUUUUAGCAGGCAAGGUUAGAAUUACAAGUUAUUCGUUAAACACACCGAAAACUUUGGAGGUAGACUCGCAAAGCUGGAAGAAUACACAGCAUCAUAGUCCUCUUAGAUUUGCACCAAAACGAAUAAUUACUGCUGAAUUAACUGGUGAUGAUAUUGUUGGUGGAACUAGUAAACCUUGCCUAUUAGAACCUAAUAUUAAAAACAUUCAUGAAAUAUACAGUAGUGAUGGACCUGCAGCUUUUUUAGACAUUUUAGCACCACCAUAUAUGACAGAAAUUGAAAAUUCUGAAUUGAGGCAUUGUUCUUAUUAUAGUAUUCUGGGUAGUGUCAUGCCUACAAUAUUUCAUUUACAAGAAAUAAGAAAUCCUUCUUGGUAUUGGACUGAUACUGCACCUUAUUUGGGACCUGAUCCUACAUUGGAGUUGGAGACAGAUUCUCAGACAAGUUAAUUUAUUACCCCCUAUUCUAAAUGUGAUACUAUUUAAAUAUAAACAGCUGUGUUGUUUCAGAAUUAUUCUUUUGAAAUUCAAAUGUUAUUACUUUUUUAUUAUAAAGUUACUGCCACUAGAAUAAAAUGCUCAUCUAUUUGAAAAAAUGCUAAUAAAUAA